AUGAAUAAUAAUAAUGAAGAACAAAGACUGAUCCAAUCGGAAAAUGAUUCUUCCGCCAGACGAGCACAAUUUGCGGCACUUGCUGAUAUGUUGAAUGGUGCAACUGCUUACGUUAGACAUCCAGGUGGUUAUGCUGCAACUUCUGGCGAAGGAAGAAGCAACUCAAAUCCGCCUCUGAUCCUCUCUGGAGCUGUCGAUGAUCGCCCAAUGAGUCUGCUCUCUUCAUUCUAUCACAAUCCGUCUUCUUUCAGCCACGGAAAGAACAAUAAUGAAGAAACCCGGGCGACAGGUCCAACCAGCUCGGUAAACCCAGCAAAUGAUCCGAACGGAAAUCCUCCAAAAUAUCGAGAUUAUUUUCUCCCAAUGGAACCGAAACAAGCUCCUCGGAGUGGAAUCUCCAACGAUUCAGGAAAGGGCACAACGACAGAAGAGUCUGAUCUGGAGGAACGCAAAUAUACGACACUCAGAAAAUGGACGCUAAAAGAUGGGAAACCGAUCCAGAUAUACGAAGAGCAGAUCCCUUCUAAGAAGAAAAGUGGACCUUUGAAUACUGGUAUCCCGCCGAAAUUCCGCGCUUUGGGUUGGCCGAGUUGGAAAAAAGACGUUCCAUAUCCGAUCGGACAGUUGCCUCUUCUAGUCCAUACUUGCGAGAACAAACCGGUUCAUUUACGCAAAGAAGAACAUUCGAUGGAGGACUAG